UUAAUUAUUAGAUUUGCAUUAACCGGUUAUUAAUGCCAAAACUAGUGGUCUUUUUCAAAAAAAAAAAGAAAAAAGAAAAAAAGAAAUACCAAAACUUAGUGGUCACGUAGAACAAUUGAUCAAAAGCUCUAUACAAAAUUUGAAUAAGACUCCUAAUCUUAAUGAAUGAAUACCAUACAGAUUUUACAAAAUUUGAAAAUCCAAACAUCAUAGCAAACAGAGCGUAUUCUAAGGGCUAGCUAGAUAAAGUUUGUUGUUGGAUUAAAUAUUGCCAAUAUCUAUAGAGUUUUUGGAUCAAAUCUUACCAGUAUUUAUAGAAUCCUUUAAGCAUAUGAUAUCUGUAAUCUCUAUCUCUUUAGAGAAUAAUUUUCCCCUAUAUAUUUUACUUAUGACUUGUUAAUAUCUGUUCAUCUGUUUAUCUUUUUCUUCUGGCCUUUUCUCUACCCGUUUCUCUAAAGCAGAAGAGGAAGAAGAACAAAAAAAAAAAACAAAAAAGGAAAUGGCUGGAGGAGGUUUUGCUCCAACAAAAGAUCCAAACAAGGAUUACCCAGGAAAACUUACUUCCAAGGUUCUCCUUACUUGCUUUAUUGCUGCCACCGGAGGUUUAAUCUUUGGCUAUGAUCUGGGUAUUUCAGGUGGUGUUACUUCGAUGGAUGAGUUUCUGAAGAAAUUCUUUCCGGCUGUUUAUAAGAAAGAGUCUUCUAGUAAGCCAUCAGAUGACCAGUACUGCAAAUUCGACAGUCAGAUACUGACGUUGUUUACUUCGUCUUUAUAUGUGGCUGCCCUUGUUUCAUCUUUAUUUGCUUCUGCUAUAACUCGAAAAUUCGGUCGCCGGAUUACUAUGAUGGCCGGUGGAUUUCUGUUUGCUGCUGGUGCUAUCUUGAAUGGCGCCGCUAGCGCAGUGUGGAUGCUUAUUGUUGGUCGCCUGUUACUUGGUUUCGGCAUUGGCUGUGCCAAUCAGUCUGUGCCAAUUUAUCUAUCAGAAGUGGCUCCCUAUAAGUAUAGAGGUGCACUAAACAUGUUGUUCCAAUUGUCAAUAACAGUUGGUAUUUUAGUAGCCAAUAUUUUGAACUAUUUCCUUGCAAAAAUCGAAGGAGGGUGGAGAUGGAGUUUAGGACUAGCAGUAGUUCCAGCAGUCAUUAUAAUCUUUGGAUCCUUUGUUCUUCCUGAAUCACCAAAUUCUUUGAUUGAGAGAGGACAUAUUGAAAAAGCGAAAGAACAACUGAUCAAACUACGUGGUGUUCCAAGUGUAACUGCAGAGUUUGAUGAUUUAGUAGUAGCCAGCGAGCAAUCUAAGACUGUUGAGCAUCCAUGGUUGAACAUUUUUGGAAGAAGAUACAGACCACAGCUUGUUAUGGCAUUUUGCAUUCCUAUGUUUCAACAACUUACGGGCAUGAACGUGAUCGUAUUUUAUGCUCCCGUUCUGUUUAAAACGAUGGGAUUCGGAAGCAGUGCUUCACUUAUGUCUGCUAUGAUUACUGGGGCUGUUAAUUUCGUAGCAACUAUAGUCUCAAUUGUUAUUGUAGAUAAGGUUGGAAGGAGGGUUCUUUUCAUUCAGGGCGGCAUACAAAUGCUUCUUUGCCAGAUAAUUGUAGCAGUAGCAAUUGCUGCUAAAUUUGGAGUGAGUGGGAACCCAGGAGAACUGCCAAAGUGGUAUGCGUUUCUUGUGGUUAUAGCAAUAUGUAUCUAUGUUGCUGGUUUUGCAUGGUCGUGGGGCCCUCUUGGCUGGUUAGUACCUAGUGAAAUCUUCCCAUUGGAAAUCCGUUCAGCUGCUCAAAGUAUCAAUGUAUCAGUUAAUAUGAUCUUCACCUUUGCGAUCGCCCAAAUCUUCACUGCAAUGCUUUGCCAUCUGAAGUUUGGUUUGUUCAUCGUCUUCGCUGUCUGUGUUGUUAUAAUGGUAACCUUUAUUACGAUGUACUUGCCUGAGACGAAGGGUAUACCAAUUGAGGAGAUGACCAUUGUCUGGAAGAAUCAUCCUCGCUGGAGAAAGUAUUUUGACGAGGAUGAUGUUUCAAAAGUUGCAUGUUGAAGUAUUUGAGAUUUUUCUCAUCAAGAAACCAUAAACUAUUCUGUCCCUAAGCGGCUUAGAGAUUCUGUUAUUGUUUAUUUAAAGUUUUAUAUUAGUUAUUUGUUUCUUGUUAAUGGAACUCUUUAGUAGAUCGCCUUUAAUUUCAUUCACAAUUUAUAAGCAUACAUUUUUUUUGCA